AUGCGUGCAAAUACCAUUGAUAUUCAUCCAAAUGCAACAUGGCCCAAUAAUGGUAUCACUGUUGCUGGAGGACAUGGAUCGGGCAGUAACACCAAUCAACUCUAUCAUCCAUGGGCUUUAUACGUCGACGACAAUCUAACGGUUUAUGUUGCUGAUUCGUGGAAUGAUCGUAUUAUGGAAUGGAAAUCUGGUGCAACGAAUGGCACCGUAGUUGCUGGUGGCAAUGGAAAAGGUAACGGAGCUAAUCAAUUAAAUUUCCCAGCAGAUGUGAUUAUCGACAAAGAAACCGAUAGUCUCAUCAUCAACGAUCGAUUGAAUAGAAGAGUAGUUCGAUGGCCUCGUCGAAAUGGUACUCGUGGAGAAACAAUUAUUUCAAAUAUCGAUUGCUUCGGUUUAACAAUGGAUGACAAUGGUUAUCUCUAUGUCGUUGACUAUGAAAAACAUGAAGUAAGACGAUAUAAAAUUGGUGAUACUCAAGGGACACUAGUUGCAGGUGGUAAUGGACAAGGAAAUGGUCUCAAUCAACUCCCUGUUCCCCGCUACGUCUUUGUUGAUCGAGAACAUUCAGUUUAUGUGUCUAAUUUUGGAAAUUAUCGAGUCACAAAAUGGGAACAAGGUUCAAAACAAGGCAUUGUUGUAGCUGGUGGUCAAGGACAAGGAAAUAGUCUUACACAAUUGGAUGGUCCUGAAGGAAUCGUUGUCGAUCAACUGGGUACUGUCUAUGUGGCUGAUUGUCAUAAUCAUCGAAUUAUGCGUUGGCCAAAAGGUGCCAAACAAGGAACUGUCAUUAUUGGUGGAAACGGUUCUGGAUCGCAGUCGAAUCAACUCUAUUAUCCCAGAGGUUUAUCCUUCGAUCGACAUGGUAAUCUCUAUGCCGUCGAGAGCGGAAAUUGUCGAGUACAAAAAUUUGAACUCAAAUAA